UUUUGAAAUAUUUGUUGGAAGACCAUAACGUUGCCUAGACAGAAUAAGACAGGCAAAGUUUCGGGAAGACAGAGCUAUCCUUAUCUAUAAGAACAGCUUGGUAGUUCCCAGAAACGCGUAUUUUUGUAAUUUAUGUCUUCUGAUACAAGCGGAGAUUCGAACUCGAUGGCUUCCGUGCGAGAAGAGAAACCUAAAUGUAUGUGGAAGCCAAAUGCAGAUCAGUCGACCAACAUUGGCGAUUUCCAGUCAGUUGUGAAUCAGACAUUUGGCUUGAAUUUAGGUGAGUACAGAAGUCAUUUUAAAAUAUGAACCUGUAAUGUGGCAGAAAUUCAGAAAAUCACUCUAUUUGCACUUACAGUAACAGCGAGGUUUGUUGAACUGAAUAGUAAGUCAUCUUUGAUUUUCUCUUCAGUUUGGCUAUUUAAUUGGUUGAGUUGCCUUAUAAUUUCCAUUUUAUAGCCUGUAGUUAAUUUCAAUUUUCAUUGUUAAGCUACUGAAAAAGAUACUGUAAUCAGAGAAGAAACACACCCCUUGACACACCCAUUUUCGCCCCCCGUUGACAUACCGCCAGAUGCUGCUUCAGUUUAGCUUCAGGGGAAUUGAUUGAAUAAUUUCAGGAAUAGUCGAAAAAAUACAAUGCAAUUUCUAUGUAGUUUUCAAUUUUCAAUCAGUUCUAUACCAUGAAAAAGUCUUGAAGUUAAAACACAGAUCUCCUGAUUCUGUUUCACACACUAUUACAUAUGAUUUUGCUUUACUUUGAAUCCAUACAGAAACUUAUGAGGAGCUGCGUAAGUGGAGUGUCAAUCAACAUACAGAUUUCUGGGAAAUGUUUUGGAAAUUUGCCGACAUUAUCCACUCCCAUCCAUAUGAUGAGGUACCAGAUUUUUCUAUCAUAUCUUUUGCUGUUCCAAGUUGCUAGAUGAGACAAAAUGUUCAAUAACACCUUAUUCAAUCUCCUAUUUAUGGACAAAUAAAAUCAAUUACAGAUACUUGUGGUGUGAUAUUCAAAGAACACAACAUGGAAAGCACCCUUAAACAAAACUGACUUGUUGAUUUCAUUUCACUGGCAAACUUUGGGAGUAAGAUGAGAUAUAAGAAUCUCAUUGGCUGCUUUAACCCUUUAACUUCCAUAAGUGACCAAAACAGAAUUUUCCUCUACAAUAGCAAUGCAAUAUCAGUUUCAUUUUUUUAAUAAAGGUUUUAGAUGAGUCUAAACCAAUGGAAGAGGUUCCAGAAUGGUUCCAUGGCGCUCACCUUAAUUUUGCAGAAAAUCUUCUACGCUUUGAUGAUGAGAAAGUUGCUUUGUACACUGCAGGUGCAGCUAAGUGAUAAGUUUUUUUUUUUCACCAAAAUACCAAGAUAAAUUCCUUCAUCUUGAGCUCAUAUAAAAUUUUGGAAUUCGUUGUGGUUAAGAGAACUGUAACUUGUCCUCCUCCUAAUCAAAACAUCAGUCUUUAGCAGUGAACCCCCACCCUCCUCUCCAACAUUUUUUUCAGGUUGUGAUGCCAUUUCAUAUUCUCCCAAGUGAGAGGAGUGUGAUUGGGGUGUGAUUAGGGUGUGAUUGGGGGUGGAGAGGGGGUGUCAGGGAGGCCUGCCCUCUUAUCACAAUAUAUUUAGCCACAGACAGUCAAAAUAUUGAGGAUUCAUCUCUAUUAAUCUUUUGCAGGAGAAGGGCAAGAGGUCAAGACCAUAACCUUUCAUCAACUAAGAAAGAGUGUGGCAUUACUAGCUUCUGCUCUGAAAAAUCUUGGUAUCAAGAAAGGAGAUAGAGUUGUCGGUAUGUACGAAGGCGCAAAUUAACCUCCUAGAAAAGAACACAAAUCAGUGACUCUAGUUACGACUGAAACCCUCUCUAAUGGUCCUUAUUUAACCCUUUCACUCCUAAGAGUGACCAACAUCUAAUUUCUCCUUGCAAUAACUCCCCUGAAUCAAAAAUUAGGGUUGUGAGAGUAAAGGAGAUGAUCAGCAACCUAAGAAGCUCUUGAUUGUUGAACAAAUUCUCCUUGCCAGAACCCUAGAAAAUGUCUAGUAUUUGGUAUGUUGGGGAGUAAAGGAUUAAUGUAUUUGGACUCAAGUCAGAAAAACUGAGUUGCAUGCAUGAAAUUGAGGCCUAUAAACUUUUCAUAUAAAAUGAAUUUCAGAAAGCAAAAGCAGUUUUUUGUCAUGGCUUAACUGGUUCGAUUUGGCAUUCUGUUCUUGUAGUAACUUUCCACUGGAAUAUGUUUUAAAUGAAUAUUAAUCUCUAUUAAUAUUAAUCUAGACAUCAAUAACUGAGAGGUCUGGACUGGGUACAGGCGGGUUACAUAUUAGUCCUUUCCUUAACUCUUUAACUCCCAAGAUCUCAUUAGUAAUUCUCCAAACAAAUUAUUUCUAGCUUCUAUAAAGCUCGACUUUGGCCAUUGGAGGCAGUUCUUCUUGUUCAUGUCCAGAUGUACUGGGCUAGGGGCCAUUUCUUGGCUCAUGUUUUUACUAAAUCUUUGUCUCAUUUUGCAGGUUAUAUUCCCAAUUGUGCCUUAGCUGUGGAAGCCAUGUUAGCUACUGCAAGCAUUGGAGCUAUUUGGAGUUCUACUUCACCAGAUUUUGGUGUUGCGGUACUUAUCAACAAUCCACAUGUCUCUUUAUUUCAUAUUUUUUAAGUUAUGAUGACAAAUUUCUGGGCCAAGUUUUAUCACAUUUUACUUGAAUUUUGAAGGGCCAAGGAUCAGUGUUAAAUUAGCUACUGUUUUUUUUUUUUGCAGGGUGUGUUGGACAGAUUUAGUCAAAUCAAACCAAAGGUUAUUUUCUCAGUAGAUGCAGUCAGAUACAACAACAAAAGUCACAACCAUUUGGUGAAGUUAACUCAAGUAGUGAAAAGUAUGUCAUGUCACAAUACUUAGACCUAAGGGGGGCGAGUAUUUAGGUAUGUGUCAUCUCACAGGGUGUGAUUUUUUUCAUGUCUGAAUAUGGCCACCCAGCAAGAGUUCUAAGCAGCCCCCCCCCUCCCCCAAAACCAGGCUAGUGACUGAUACUGGCCUGAUCAGAGGCAGUAUUGCUUCAGUAAAUCCUUCAAUAGUGGAAAUGGGAGUUGAUUGUCUUCUAUAUCACAAAGUGAUCCUGACCUAUGCUAAAUUCUUGUCUACAUUUUCUUUAUGGAUUAGCGGCAUUUAUAAAUGAGUGAAGUACAUGUUACUAAAAACCAACAAUAACUUUGCUGAGCUCAGAGGUAACAGUUAAUAAACUGCUACUCUUUGGGUAGUUAUUUCUUAAAAGUAAUGAUGAUAAUUAGUGGUUAAUAAAGAUGUUGAUAGUAAUUGUGCUGUUAUCAUCCACAUGAAUGUGUUUUAUACAUCUCUGAAAUUUUUUUUUAAUGCAGGUCUUCCUGAGCUAGAGAAAGUAGUUGUGAUGCCAUUUGUUGGAAAAGCAGAUGACAUUGACCUUUCUGGAAUCCCAAACAGGUAUUUUGUGUCCUCUUUCAGCUGUUUUAGAUGAGCUGUUUCUUCAGAUUUCUUUGAUGCUAGUAUCGCUGAGCAACCAAUCAUUACAUACAUGUGCUUCUCGGGUGGGGGGGGGGGAGGGGGAGGAAAGAGAGGUAGGGUGAAAAAUGUUUAUCAAAUAUUUUGGGUUUCUUGGUCUCUUGAUCUCAGUUUUUUUGCAAAGCUGUCCCACAAUCUCAAAUUUGUUUUUGAAAUCUUAAAAAAGACUCAAGCUUGUGGCUAAAGUACCAUAAUGAUAUUCUUCUUAUCUUAUGGUCCACUAAAAAACAGAGACAUCAAAAUCAGUAAAUUGGUGUAAUUCAUAUAGUAUAUAACUGCACCACCAGCUAACUUGACCUUGGAAUCUUUAAUCCUCAUUUUUUGUGAUAGCCAUUUAAGAGGUCUGAAAGUAAUUUGACAAUCCUUGCUUCUUUCUUACAAGUGUGUUGUUGGAUGAUUUAAAAAAAUUUGCUGAUGAGUGGCCAGUUCUAGAGUUUGCACAAGUUCCCUUCAAUCAUCCCCUCUUCAUCAUGUACUCAUCUGGAACAACUGGUCCUCCAAAAUGUAUGGUGCAUUGUGUUGGGGUAAGUAAAAGCUUUUCAAUUUUCUUUUGCCACUCAAAAAUGUUUUGCCAUCUUAAACAAAAGCAAAAAUAAAAUUUUCUUGGACUUUUUCUUCAAGGGAACUCUAAUCCAGCAUCUGAAAGAACAUAUCCUUCAUGGGAACAUGAACAGACAAGAUGUUAUCUUUUAUUACAGCACUGUAAGUGAUAUUAAUAAGAUUUUCAAAACAUAAUUCCAUUUAUCUUUUACUUCUGUAAUCAUCAACAAUUUCUUUCCAGGUCUUGGGCAUUAAUUUUCCAGACCAAUCACAAAGUGUAGUGAAGCAAAGCAAAUGUAUCCCAGAUCACUUUUGAUGUUAAAUUGAAAAUUAGAUCAAUUAGUUUAAAGUGUGAUUAGUAUGUUGCUGUGUUAGUUUGUCUUCAGUCUUACAAAUAAAAUCAUGGGGAUAUUGAUCAAAUGAAGCCUUUAAGUGCUACUGUGGUUCUUUCUUUAUUCACUCCAAGCUUUCGCCGUUCUACGGCAUCAUCAGGGAGGACGAUAAAAUAUUUGCACUAUGGUUUUAAACGUUGGGGGUGCCACUGUAAAUUAGCAUAGUGUAAAACUAGCCAGUACGGAGCGUAUUACAUCAGAAAGCACAAGCCGGGACUUAUAAAAUCAUCAUUGUACAUUGAUCCCAAUAGACAGGUUGGAUGAUGUGGAACUGGCUGGUGUCUGCCCUCGCUGUUGGAGCCUCUGUCGUGUUGUAUGAUGGAUCACCUUUUAUUCCUUCACCAAAUGUCAUUUGGGACUUAGUCGACAAAAUAGGGUGAGAUGAAUGGCAAUGAAAUUUGGUGAACUGUAGAGCACUACCAUGCAUGCACUGCAGGCACCAUGUACUGAAUCAUUAUUUUUUACUGACAACCCCCUAAGAAGUUCCCUGUUUUGAGCUUUGAGGCCUCCCCCCCCACUUCUCAUUUUCUCUUUCCCCUGCCCAUUUAUCAGAAACUAUGAAAUAUCAAUUGUAAUGUUAUUCAAUGGGUCUACAAUGAAGUUUUGGAUCAAUAUCAGUAUCCCUACCCCUCCCCUAACCCAACAUUAACCCUAACUUGUUAUCAAUUGACUGUUGUUGAGUUAGGGGAGGGGUAGGUGAGCAGUUGCCCAGAUACUGAUAUUGAUCCGAAGUUUUUAAUAAGCACCUGAGGCUCAUUGGAGAGUGACAGCAUUUACAGUAAGGUUUACACUGAUAUCCAACAUCAUCAUAAUUAGAGAAAGAUUUUUUUUUUAUCUUGUCACAAGCGUGGAACAAAGAAAAAAUUCUGAAUCCCCAUGUGGAAUUGAACCUCAGACCUUCGGAUUUUGCGCUCUGAUGCGUAAUUAAUGAGUAGAAAUAAAAAUUGACUUCACCAGCUCAGAUCACGCAUAUGUCAUCUCGAACAAAACAGUUUUUCGUUGAAAGUUCUGGCUGGCUCAAGAUUCUACUCAUAUUAAAUAAGUUGUUGCUAUUCCACCUAACUAGAAUAACCAUUUUGGGAACUGGAGCCAAGUGGUUGUCAGCUUUGGAAGACAGGGAAGUUCAGCCAAGUAAGCUAUAAGGCCGUCCGAUAUUGCUUGUUUUUGUUAGUUAUUUAUGAACUUGACAUCUUAAUUUUGGAGCCAUCUAAUUAUUAGCCAUGCUAUGACGAUGGCUGCUAAUGUGGUGGCUUAUAUACCUGUUUGGUUUAUGGAAGUCAAAAACUGCAUAAUAAUUUUAUAUAACAUAUUUUCCCUCUUUUAGUUAGGACGCAUAAUCUAGCACGUUUACACACGAUAUUGUCAACGGGCUCCCCCCUGAAACCGGCCAGUUAUGACUACGUUUACAACAGUAUAAAGCACGAUGUACUCCUUGGUUCUAUCUCAGGUGAGCCUAAAGCUAUUUACUGACUGCUGUUCUGUAGAGAGAUAUUAAGAGAUAAAAAGAGCGUUUCCGGGGUGCGGGAUUUUAUAGCAGCAUGGCAGGUAGCGGGAUUUAGAUUAAGUGAGCCGCCCGUCACUUUCAAUACAUGUAUCUGUCUGUGGUCGUGCUUUUUUUUUAACGGAAGUGCGGGAGAGGUAAAGGUUUAAAUGGGUAUUAGCGGAAUAGGGAAUAGAACUUAAAUUACAGUGCGCAAAUAUAAGGAUUUGUAAGGUUGAUGAUUAUCGAUAUGUAGAGAAUGCAGACAUGGGGUAAGACUUGUGCGUUGUGGUCUUGGUUUUCACGUGACCUAUAAUUGCCAAUUCUUGUCCCUGUAACCGAUGAUUUUUAUUCUGCGGCAUGAAGGGACUUGGAGUAUGACCUGCAAAACAAGCGGAUGUAUAGAUAAAGAUGUUUUAUCGUCUUGUCACGAGCGUGGGACAAAGGAAAAAAAUUCAGAGUCUCCAUGAGGAAUCGAACCUCAGACUUUCGGAUUCCGGGGAAGAGGCAGGGCGAAAAAAUUGACACAUUUUUCCACGCGAGUCUCUUCCCUCGCGCUCGCCUCGCGUUCGCCUCGCGCUCGCCUCGCGCUCGCCUCGCGCUUGCCUGAAGAACUUACCGAAAUGACGCCUGUCGUGCACACUAUUUGGAGUAUGUUUACUUCUCCUGGAUGUGAUGUAAGUUCAUCACAAGUAACCUCCUAGCUUUUCCUCUGGUCUCCUGAAAUUUCUUAAUGAUACCAAUUUCUGAUCUUGAUCGAAAAAAGCGGGGCUUUGAAAGGAGAGGGUCUUUACCUAAGACUUGGCUAGGGCUCGAACUCAGACCUCUCGAUCUGAAGUCCAGGGUUUGAAACCACCAGGCGACUUCUCAUUCUGAUUGCCGAACUAACGUUUUUUAAACCCAAUUUUUUUUUAAUUUACAGGGGGCACAGACAUUAUUUCAUGUUUUGCCGGUCAAAAUCCAACUGUCCCUGUGUACCGUGGGGAAAUUCAAACAAGAAACCUUGGAAUGGCCGUGGAGAGCUGGAACGACGACGGUAAAAAAUAUCAAUGAUUUCCUAACAUUAUUUUGUUGUUGCGGUUUUACGUACCAUGCGAACAGCGUGGAUAAUCAAAAUUCGUUUCACGACUCCGACCUCUCGGGAUACAGUUGCGACGUUGCAGGGGUUUCGAAAGGUCGUCUUGUUUACUUGUGAUCGGAGGAUUUCGAUCCACUUUGUUUGUUUUUGCACUUUUAUGUCCGUUACGAUAAUGAUUGACAGCGGCACGAAAUUGAAUCACAAGUUUGUCAUUCUGUCUCAGAUUUCGCAUGUUUCUCACAAGGACAGUAAUUUUCCAUUUUACUUUCUCAUCUUUUCUUUUGCGGAUCCCUGGUCUGUGAUCAUCUUUUGGAUUCUGCUCUCUGACGUCGUCUUUUUGUCCAUGUCUAAGUAGUAAACUAUUGAUUUGUCAAAAGUGUUCUUCGCUAAAAAGCCGGAAAUCUUGGGGCUAGUUUACGUAGCAGCCAGACGUGUCACGCACACUGCCACGCAAGUUCAAGUUCAAGUUCAAGUUCUUUAAGGCCAAGUUCAAGUCCAAGUUCAAGUUCUUUAAAGCCAAGUCCAAGUUCAAGUUCAAAUUCAGUUCUUUAAGGCCAAGUUCACUCGAUCUGUAGAUGUGGAUGACGUUUGACUCGAUUUUCUUGACGGCUUUUUUUACAUCUUCUCCUCGGAAUAAAAGCGACUGCAAUUAGCCAAUCAAAUGAUGGGAAUUCGCAUGACAACCCGUGAUAAGUUAGGGAUUAACACCUGCGACCUGUCAACUGGCCACUCGCACCAUUCCCCUCAGUCAAACGGAAAGAGAGGAUAGUGGAACCACACUGUGAAGGAGCUGGCUGACUGGCUUAACCACUUGGAUUUACGUCAUAGUGUAGCUAAAUACAGGAUCAUUUGUGUACAUUAUACGGAGACAAGAAGAUCACGCCAUUACUCGUGAUCCAACAACCAAUAAAAGAAAAUUUGCUCGUCCCGUUGACCUGAAGUUGUUGAAGAGUGAUGGAGCAUGGAAUUUUAAGUAGUGAGCGUGGACCAACAAAGAAAUCGUGAAUUUCUCUUCGUGGUCAAGUACCAGGCUCUCAUUUUGCCAUAUCUCGCGGUACAGACUUCAUUUUUCCAGCGCCAGAAAAAACUGCUUGUGUCGUACUCAGAGCGCACUUGCCUCGCGCUCGCCUUGCGCUACCUCCCGCAACCUUGUCCGGCAAGCUAAGUUUGCCUAUAUAUAGUCAGUCUGUGGAAAUUACAUAAAACUAUUUUUCUUACUGUGUUCAUGGUUUCUUCUGAACUCAGGUGAAGCUGUAUAUGAUCAGAGCGGAGAGCUGGUUUGUACCAAACCCUUCCCUUGUAUGCCUAUUUAUUUUUGGAAUGACCCUCAAGGCCUCAAAUACAAGAAAGCCUACUUCAACAAGUUUGUGGGUGAGCUUCAAAAUAGCAUCUACAUAGAGAUUAUGUCAAACUGAUAAGGUAUGGAAGUCGGUAUGGUUAGUCAUGGAAGUUGAGGCAGCAGCUGAUUUUAAACCAAUUCUCGUACGUCAUUCCGUACGGCCUGGUUACUAAGUUGUUCCCCAAAAAUUGUCGAGUCUGAGCGCCUAAGAAGACAACUUUUGAACGUUUAAUUACUCAAUGGAAUCCCAAAACGCAGUAUGUUACUGAGAUGAAAAUUAAAUGGUUUCUAGACCAACUUCCUUUUAAUUUCUUCUGCCUUUUUUUUUUUGGCGGUAGGUGUUUGGACGCACGGAGAUUUUUGCUCAAUCAACUCAUCUACCGGCGGAAUUCUUAUGCUGGGGAGAAGGUAAAAUAAUGCAUGUGAUAACGUGAAUGAGACGGCGUCUACUCUUAGUCACAAUUCGGUUUCCUGUGGACAGUUCUUCCUUAGCUCUUAUAUAAACAAAACAAUUUUAUCAAUUCGCUUGAUGAGUUUUUCCUGGUUACUCAUUUGGCGAUAUGCUGAUGUCAAUAUCUUGAUUGUGGACUGCCUUGACGUGGCGGAAACGUAGAACCAUUUUGUGCUACUGCUUAGGCGCACAGAAUUUACAUUGCUGUCUGAAGUCAAUCAGAGCAUUGGAACCCUCUCGUAUAUCGUUACCUUUGCUUCAACUCAAGACAGUUUUGAUUCUUGACAGUUUUGUGAAUGUUUCUUUUCAAGCUAGAAUUGAAAAACUCGAUCCACGGGUUGAUACACGCGCACGCGAUAAACACCAAACCAACAUAGGAUCCUUUUUUUCUUUAUUCCUUGGGGCGUUCUUAUAUCGAAGCGGUCAACUGAAAUCAUUACGUGAUGAAAUUACCUAAGUAUUGUGUGAUCAUAGCUUAAGAAUAAUCUCAAUUUUGGAAAUGAGCACGUGACAAUUAACGAACCAAAAGAAAAAUAAAAAAACAAGCGAUAAGUUUCCCUUUGAAUAACAACUACGAGUUAACAUAAUCACAAAACAAGUUGUUGCUUACCAACGUUCGUGGGUCUUGAUUACUUUAUCGAGGAUCACGGUCUAACUUGUCUUCUAUUCAAAAAAAGAUCUUGAUCACACAGGGUCUUAUCCUGAACUGAAACGCUAACUAUAAUUUUCUCUAAACACGCAGGCGUCGAUCUAACCAGAAAAUAUUUCGCAGCUUCUCUCGGAGGCGGUAACAUUUAGCUUUAACGGAAGCGGUUAAAAUUUUUGAUUAACCCCUUUAACCUUAAGGGGUGACCAGCAUCUAAUUUAUCCUUACAGUAAUGCUGCCGAAUAAAACACUAAGGUCGCGAGAAUAAAGGAAGUUAUCACUGUCUUAAGAAGCUCGUAAUUGCGAGAUAAAUUCUCCUUGUCAGCACCUUAGGAAGUGUUAAGAGAGAACAUGGAGAACACACAGAUUGACCAUUGUAAGGGACCAAAAGGGCUACGAUGCAAUUUUGACGAUCAGUUUCAACUUGAUUGUUGGGUGUUGUUGUUGUUUCAGUGAUGGCACCCUCAACCCAGCUGGUGUGAGAUUUGGGAGUGCGGAAAUUUAUAAUAUUGGUGAGUUUUUUCAGUAGAGGAAAUCGAAUGGCAAUAUACGGUGAUGGUCGCUGGGCAACUUUUUGUCCGCACUGAACCGUUGAUUCGUUUGGUUCAUGCCUUUUUCCCACUUUAGUAACAAGAUCCUGUCUAAUUUAAAGUUUUUGGAAAACGUUUCCUAUUUACUCACACGGCGCUCUUGACAGUACUGAUCUUGGUAGUAUUCAGGGCGUGUAUCACAUUUGAACCAUGAAAUGACCUCGCUCAUCAGAGAUUUCACCGUGGUUCAGUGGUAGAACAUCAGAGCGCGGAAUCCGAAAGUUUAGGGUUCAAUUCCUCCUGGGCCCAGUUGUUCGAAGGCCGAUUAGUACUAACCCAAGGUUAAAUUUUAAUCGGGUUGUUUACUUCUUUGUUCAAAUGCUUAUUUUGGAUUAUGUUCCCCACUCUUUUUAAAGCAUCCAAUGAUCAAAUUGUGGACGCAAACAGUUAUACUGAAUUAUGUUAAAACUUUCAUACCCAGAAUAAUUUGGAUUAUGAAUAUUGUGGUAGAAUCUCCCAUAAAAAGUAAAUAACAUAGUCAAUCAAUUGUACUUCGGCUGACACUAGACUGUUGCGUUUUGACCUGAUCUGUUGUAGUUGAGAGAUUUGAAGAAGUGGAAGAUAGUUUGUGUGUUGGUCAACAGACGAAGGAUGGAGAACGGGUGGUUCUUUUUCUGAAGAUGAGCAACGGAUUCAGGUCGGAAAUAAUACUUUAACCCUUUAAUUCCCAAGAUCUCAUUAGUAAUUCUCCUAACUAUCCGCCAUACAGUUCUUGUGAUAUUAGUUUGCAGAAUUUGGUAUUGGAUCAACUUAUAAUCCCCUAACUGAUAUUUUUCUUUAUUCUCAUCACUUGUCUGCUUGAUAUUGUAUUGAUAUUGUAAGGGGAAAUUCUCUCUUGGUCACUCAUGGUAGUUAAAGGGUUAAAUAAUGCUUCGUAAUGAAAGAAAAGAGGAUUGUAGAUUGAUAGAAGAGAAAAUUGGUGGGUUACGUCGAAACAGGAGAAAAACGAAACUUUAGUACAAGAAAGUAACUAAUGAGAGCGUAUGGAGAUAAAUUGAAAUUAAUCGGCGGAGUAAAUUGAGAUUAUUGUUUAAUGUCAGUGAGAACAUCUUGCUUUAAACAUUAGCCAGCCAUCUCCUCUUGUGAGUUAUUUUAAACACUGUUAUGAUACAGCAAUGUUCAAUUGGUUGUCGUAGGUUGCCCAAGAUUGCAUUGUGAUUGGUCCAGAAAACUCGCGCCAGACUCUCAACCAAUCAGAUGCAAAACUGAAACUAAUCGUGGCUUAGUCACCCGCGUUUUCCCGCGCUCCAGGCAGUUUGUUUUAAGUUUGAGCUCUCAUCGUUUCUUGGGGGUAUUUUUAUUCGCUUUAUGUGGCCAUUCUGCCUGCUUUGGUUUUACGAUACUCAGUCGAAAAGCUCUCUAAUGAGAACAGUGUACGUGUUACCUAUAAUUCGUAAAGGGAGAGUUGACAAAAUAAAAUUCACUUGAAGUUUACUCCUUCCCAACAUUUAGCUUUUCAGCCAUUUUCCCAAACUCUUAAUUUCACUUUAAGAUUUAACGAGGAGCUUGUGGCGCGCGUGAAGUCUACGAUCCGACAAAGGCUGUCUGCCAGACAUGUCCCAGAAAUUAUCCUGGAAACAAAAGAGAUUCCUUACACAGCAAGUGGGAAGAAAGUGGAAGUUGCUGUCAAACGGAUACUUGCAGGAGAACACAUCCAAAACAGAGGAGCUUUAGCAAACCCGAACUCCUUGGAUCUUUACUGUGGCAUAGCUGAGCUCAAUCAAGGAUAAAAUUUAUAAAUCCAUGUCUAAGAACACGCUUCAUCUAACUUGAAAACAAACAGACAAACACUCGAGUGGAACUAACAUGUUAAAUGUGUCAAACUCAAAAUGUAUCAACCAUGGGUCGUAGUGGGAAAUUUUUUAAAACCUUUCAGGGAUAUUUGAAGCAAGUCAGCGCAAGCAAAAAUUGUUAUACUAAAACUCCUUUCAAAAAUUUUAAGCAAUCCAGUCAAGGAAUUAUUCCCGUGCUCUCCGAUUCUUUCCUGGCUCUUCAAACACAAUCAUAUAUUCCCAAUCAAAUCACAAAGAAAAAAAAAUUUAUUUUGAAUUUUUCUGAAAUUUUUAUGGGCCGACUGAUGCCCCAGUAAAUGACGUGUUCGGAGUCACGUGACUAAGGAAACCAUCUCACUGCACUACACGUCACCCCAAUAUGUUUCGAAAAGCAUCUAUUCGCAAGAAAUUGUACGCUUCUUUUACAUAAAGAAAAUCAGGGAUAGGUUAUUUAAUUGUCGAAAGCGGGCACUGUGCCACUUUUGAUUUUUAAACUUUAAUAUGUUGUUGCACAGUUAGCUAGAUUUUAAUCCAAAGGUAAAGAAAGUAUUUAUACAGAAGUAAAUAUUUUUAGUCACAGUGGGUAUAUAGAUGGUGCAGUACACAUACCCGAUGCCAAAGCUUUGUUUUCUUUAAAGGUUGGGGACUAUUCCUUUAGUAGCAUGACUUGGAAUCAAUAAAUUUAUUUUAUUUUUAACAAGGUCACGAUGAAUUAUGCGCUAUAAUUCCCUUUGAGGUGAGAUUUCUGCUAAGUCAACUUGAAAUUCGGCACCUCGUAAAAGUACCUCUGAAAAUUUCCUGUCUUUAAGGACACAGCGAACACGCUAUGGAAUUCCUUUUUCGAGUUGCGCUAGCUGGCUCAUUUGACUUCUUUGUAUGGUAUUAGAUAAAAGGGAGCAGAGAGAAAAUUAAGGUAAAUGUUGCUUCUCUCCUCUUGUUUACGACAG